CAGUUAAGGCUCGAAAGCAGUGCGCAAMUUACUGAARGCUAUUUCACAUCGUCUAAAGGUCCUUAACAAAGGACGAACAACUUCCAAAACGUCAAUAAAACAGUGGGCAACUUCAUAAUGCAUGCUACAAAUCUGUUGGUACUCGUUUUCAUUCCCGCCUCAGUUCUGGGCGACGAAUCGCGUCUACCGCUACCACUAAAGUGUCUCAGGGAAUAUAAAAAGGUUGUCAGUCUCAUUGGAGGUGAAGAUGAGCAUUGCUUGAGACUCCAGUUGAUUGCAAACUGUUUUUCGGAAAGACCUGACGACUCUGAUGCAGUCUUAGAUGACAUGCGCUAUUUGUUCACGCAAGAACUCCUGUUCGUCAAGAAACUGGCAAUCUGUCCUGAUGUUGACUUUGCAGAGUUAAAGAAAAUCACAGACAAAACUGAUGUCGCUCAGAAACACAAGUACCUUGAUAGCGUUGAUGAGGAUCAUUGGGAAGAAUGCGCUGCUACAGUCCACAAAACAUGCAUCAAAAAGUACUUAUCUCUGCUGCGCGAUGGCAAGCUCUGCAAUGAUGUGGAUGCUUGGAUUGAUUGCUAUGACGAGGAAGCAAAGCGGGCAAGCUGUUCAGCGGUCAUACUCGAUCACUUUCAGAAAAUGCUGAAGGUGGUUGGAAAGAGCGUUGUGAAAUCAAUACGUAGAUUCAUGGGUGCCGAAUGCUCCAAGACUGAGCUUUAAGCUAUAUACAAUCACCCACAUACUUAUUGAAGAUAAAAUACAAAAAAAAAAGAUAC